CAAGAGUCUGGAGCAGCACUAGCGCAAAGUGAGUCUCCGUCAGCUGGGCUGGAUUUUUGUAUACCCAUGUAUUCAAGAAUCCUCUAACGGAAAAGGGUUUUUUCCUCUGUGUGGCCAGACAGAGCGUGGGUUGGGGUGCGGGUAUGGUUGAAUCAACUGGAACAUAACAGCCAAAUCCUUCCUGAAUUACUACUAACCAUGAACUGAGACCAUCAUUUAAAAAAAAAAUCAUUAAAAUAGAGCAACGGCAGCAUGGCCCAAAGCAAGAGACACACAUACAGUCGGGCGUCAAGUACUGGAACCAAGAUGAGUGUGGAAGCUAGUGGCAAGCCCUUGAAAGUGGGCUCCAGAGUGGAAGUCAUCGGAAAGGGACACCGUGGUACAGUGGCAUAUGUUGGUGCCACAUUGUUCGCCACAGGAAAGUGGGUUGGAGUCAUCUUGGAUGAAGCAAAGGGCAAGAACGAUGGAACUGUGCAGGGCAGGAAGUAUUUCACCUGUGAAGAGAAUCAUGGCAUCUUUGUGCGACAGUCACAGAUCCAGGUUUUUGAAGAUGGAGCAGAUACAACAUCUCCAGAAACCCCAGAAUCUUCUGCCUCAAAGGUCCCCAAAAGAGAAUCUUUGGAAGCUGCCAAAGCCAGCAAAUUGCGCGGAGCGAAACCUAAAAAGGCCCCAACAACACGGAAGACCACCACCAGGCGGCCCAAGCCUACCCGGACUCCCAACUCUGCAGCAUCCAGCGGUACAGCUGGGCCCUCUGGCUCCGCUUCCGCCUCAGGGGGCGAGAUGAGUAGCAGUGAGCCCAGCACACCUGCUCAGACGCCUCUGGCUGCGCCGGUCAUUCCAGCUCCUUCCCUGACCUCUCCGGUGGCCCCUCCUUCAGCUCCUUCCCCCACGAAGGAGGAGGAGAACCUGCGUUCUCAAGUCAGAGACCUGGAGGAGAAACUGGAGACUCUGAAGAUGAAGCGAAAUGAAGACAAAGCAAAGCUGAAAGAGCUGGAGAAAUACAAGAUCCAGUUGGAGCAGGUGCAGGAGUGGAAGAGCAAAAUGCAGGAACAACAGGUUGACCUCCAGAAACGUCUAAAGGAGGCCAAAAAGGAAGCCAAAGAUGCAUUGGAAGCCAAGGAACAUUACAUGGAGGAGAUGGCUGAUACGGCUGAUGCUAUCGAGAUGGCAACUCUGGACAAGGAGAUGGCGGAAGAGCGGGCUGAAUCCCUGCAGCAGGAGGUGGAUUCCCUGAAAGAGAAGGUGGAAUAUCUCACAAUGGACCUGGAAAUCCUGAAACAUGAGAUAGAAGAGAAAGGCUCUGAUGGGGCUGCAUCCAGCUACCAGGUCAAACAGCUAGAAGAGCAAAACGCGAGGCUCAAGGAAGCUCUUGUCAGGAUGCGGGAUCUGUCUGCAUCAGAGAAGCAGGAGCACGUGAAGCUUCAGAAACACAUGGAGAAGAAGAAUUCAGAGCUGGAGAGCUUGCGUCAGCAGAAGGAGAAGCUGCAGGAGGAGGUGAAGCAGGCAGAGAGAACCAUUGAUGAGUUGAAAGAGCAGGUGGAUGCUGCGCUGGGUGCUGAAGAGAUGGUGGAGACUCUGACGGAGAGAAACCUGGACCUGGAGGAGAAGGUCCGGGAGCUGCGCGAGACCGUCGGCGACCUGGAAGCAAUGAACGAGAUGAACGACGAGCUGCAGGAGAACGCCAGGGAGACCGAGCUGGAGUUGCGUGAGCAGCUGGACAUGGCAACGGCACGGGUCCGCGAGGCGGAGAAGCGCGUGGAGGCUGCCCAGGAGACGGUGGCAGAUUACCAGCAGACCAUUAAGAAAUACAGGGAGUUGACCGCACACCUGCAGGAUGUGAACCGAGAGCUCAUGAACCAGCAAGAAGCUUCUGUUGAGAGACAACAGCAGCCUCCGCCAGAGACGUUCGACUUCAAGAUUAAAUUUGCAGAGACUAAGGCCCAUGCGAAGGCCAUUGAGAUGGAGCUGCGCCAGAUGGAGGUGCAGCAGGCCAACCGGCACGUCUCCCUCCUCACCUCCUUCAUGCCUGACAGCUUCCUGCGCCACGGAGGGGACCACGACUGCAUCCUGGUGCUGCUGCUCAUCCCCCGGCUCAUCUGCAAGGCCGAGCUGAUCAGCAAACAGGCCCAGGAGAAGUUCGAGCUGAAUGAAACCUGUGCUGAGCGCACAGGCCUGCGGGGUGCCCCAGGGGAGCAGCUGAGCUUUGCUGCGGGGCUGGUGUAUUCGCUCAGCCUCCUGCAAGCAACGCUGCACAAAUACGAACAGGCCCUGAGUAAGUGCAGCGUUGAGGUCUACAAGAAGGUGGGGAUGCUCUACCCCGAGAUGAGUGUCCAUGAGCGCUCGCUGGACUUCCUGAUUCAGCUGCUGCACAAGGACCAACUGGAUGAGACGGUCAACGUGGAGCCACUCACCAAAGCUAUCAAAUACUACCAGCACCUGUACAGCAUCCACCUGGUGGAGCAAGCCGAAGACUGCACCAUGCAGCUGGCGGACCACAUUAAGUUCACCCAGAGUGCCUUGGACUGCAUGGGCGUGGAAGUGGGUCGAUUGCGGUCCUUCCUGCAGACGGGGCAGGAGGCGUCUGACCUCGCCAUCCUCCUCAAGGACCUGGAGACCUCCUGCAGCGACAUCCGCCAGUUCUGCAAGAAGAUCAGACGCCGCAUGCCCGGAACAGAUGCACCAGGGAUACCUGCAGCACUUGGCUUCGGGCAGCAGGUGUCGGACACGCUGCUGGACUGCCGCAAGCACCUGACCUGGGUGGUGGCGGUGCUGCAGGAAGUGGCUGCUGCAGGGGCCCAGAUGAUUGCCCCGCUGACAGAGAACGAAGGGCUCCUGGCCGUGAAGCUGGAAGAUCUGGCCUUCAAAACAAGCGAGCAGAUCUACGGCAGCCAGGGCAUCAACCCCUAUGAGUGCCUGCGCCAGUCCUGUAACAUCCUCAUUGCGACCAUGAACAAGAUGGCCACUGCUAUGCAGGAGGGAGAGUACGACGCUGACCGGCCACAGACCAAGCCCCCUCCUCCCGUCAAUCUGAGGGCAGCCGCGCUCCGGGCCGAGAUCACAGAUGCCGAGGGCCUGGGACUGAAGCUGGAAGACAGAGAGACUGUCGUCAAAGAGCUGAAGAAAUCGCUCAAAAUCAAGGGCGAGGAGCUGAGUGAAGCAAAUGUGCGCCUCAGUCUCUUGGAGAAGAAGCUUGACAGCGCGUCCAAGGACGCGGAUGACCGGGUGGAGAAGAUCCAAACCAAGCUGGACGAGACCCAGGCUCUGCUCAAAAAGAAGGAGAAGGAGUUUGAGGAGACCAUGGAUGCUCUUCAGGCUGAUAUUGACCAGCUGGAGUCGGAAAAGAUGGAGCUAAAGCAGCGCUUGAACAACCAGUCCAAGCGCACCAUUGAGGGGCUGCGUGGAUCCCCAGCAUCUGGAAUCGCGUCCAUCGUCUCGGGCAUUGCAGGAGAGGAACAGCAGAGAGGUGUCGGCGCUGGCCAGGUGAUGGUGGGUGGCUCAGGGCCUGUCCAGGUGAAGGACUCGCCUCUUCUCCUCCAACAGAUCGAUGCCAUGCGGCUGGUCAUUGAGCACCUCAAAACUGAGAACAACCGGCUCAAGGGAGCACAGAUGAAGACCGAGCUGGCAGCGUUGCCCCCUCUGCACCUCCCGAAGCUCUCGCUCCCCAAAGAUCGGCAGGGAGAGGAGGUGGCCUCCGGCACCCUGUACAGGAAGACGAGCCAGCUGCUGCAGACCCUCUACCAGAUGAGCGCCAACACCAAGGUGGUGGACGUCACACGCAGGAGCUCGGCAGGAAGCCCGGCCGCCCAACUGCUGGAGCAGACGGCCCGCCUGAGAGCCCUGAGCAGCACCAUGGACAAGCUGAAGGAUGAAGUGAUGAAGGAGACGGUCCUGCAGCACCCCGGGGCCAAUGUCCUCACCGACUUCGCUACCUUCCCAUCCUUGGCCUUCCUCAAGGCCAAAGAGGAGAAGAAGGAAGAUGCCGUAUACGUUGGCAAAGUGACCUUCCCCUGCCAGCCUGGGCAUGGCCAAGUGCACAAGCUUGUCCUGACACCGGAGCAGCUGUGUGAGCUGCACGGCCGCCUCCUCUCCUAGGGGAACCCCCCACCCCCACAGAGACUGGUGUUCAUUGCACCACCCCCCCACCCCAGCCCGUUGCUCUCUCUUCUCCAAGCCCCUUCUGGGCAGGGACGUGCUAGCCUAUGCAUGCAGCAGACCCCAGCAGAGUGCUCUGGGGCACUGGGGCACUCCCCCUCCCUGUCACAGCCUUGGAUCGCUGGGUUCCAGCUAAAGAAACCACUUGCUCUGCUGCCCCGCUGAGGGGGAACCUUGGCAUAACUGUGUGUGGGUGUGUGUGUGGGUGUGUGUAUUCGCUCCUGCCUGGGUCUCAGCCUGCCCAUCGUCCUCGCUGCCCUCCUGGUGCAUCUGAGAGCUGCCUUUCUCCUGGGGCGGGGGGUGACUGUAUACAUUACACUCACCCCAGCAGCUCCUUGUCCUAACGGCACAGACCUGGCCAGGGAGCUCAUGGCUCCUGAUCCGCUCAGCCCCUGCAAAGCCCUGGGCCGGGCUUUGUGGGGAUCACCACCUUUCUCCAGGUGGGCUUUGAGUGGCAGAGAUGCAGGGACUGGCCCUGCACUGAUGCUGGGAGCGGCAUUGUAACCCCACCCAGCUCAGACUAACUGACCAACAAGAGAAACCCAGCCGGCGGAGAUGCCCCCGUUCUGCCCUGCUUGGUGCUGAGGGUUUGGGCUCCUGGCCAGGCGGUCGGGCCAUGCCUCUAGCUCCUGUCUCUGGAUGAAGGGUUCAUGACAGAGGGUAAAGAGAGCCCCUGGGGCUCCCGCUCUGAACACUACAGAUGCAGUGGGGUGAGUUCAAACCCCGUCACACCAGCUGCUGGUGUCAAACCUCCCCCCCCCCCCCCCAGGGGCUGUGGUGGUCACAUCAGUGCAGCUUUUACAGCCAUGCCGGGGCCGGGAGCCGAGUUCCCCCAUGGCUAGUGGGUGAGUGCACAGAGGAGCUUUGGGUCUGUUGGUACGUGCGCAUGCUGCUGCACCAUCCCCUCAUGUAACCGGUUCUUAGCACUCUCGGGCUCUGGAAAUGAAUAAACUUCAACUGUUAAACCCA